AUGGCUGAGCUGAUGCCGAUCUUCAACGAGAUUAGGGCGCGUGGUGAAUGCGGAAACGCGUACCCGUUGCACGUGGGCUCGCAUGCCUCUGGACCCAUUCAUCUGCACACACAUCACGUCAACCCAAAUACCUGCUAUAUGGUAAUGAGAGACACGCGCAAAUUCUAUUUGCUCGUAGCUGCAAGCGGACAGAUCGUAUUGACUUCUCCAGACCAGGUAAGCACUGUGCUGAUUGUUACAAAUCUGAUUAUCAACAUUUUAUAA